UCUCCUCUAGUCUUUGUGGUCUCUUGUUUAAGAAACGCUCAAAGGAGAAUUGCUAUUCAGACCGGUUUGAUAACGUUGCACCGCAAAUAUUACGAGGGUAAAGCAGCCAUCGGAGGUGAAUGCAAUUAUCAAAAUCUAUCUAUAAAAGGGGUGAAUCGUAUUGGUGGAGCCAGAGGGAACCCGAUAUAAAGGACUGGCCAUACUUUUCUCAACUUCUCCCGAUUUGGCCAUAACGUUGACUAGAUCUCUUUUCACUCAGCUCCGUCAUGGUUGAGGUGAAAUCGAGAUACCUUCAAGCAGCUGUAAUCGUGCACCUUUUCAGUACAGUGACUACAAACGUUUGUAUAGGUGGUCGAAUUCACAGAGAAAAUCACGCCGACCCCAUUCUGGCAAAAAUCACUCUUCAUCCUGUGCUACUUCCCCCGUUUAAAGGUUUUUGCUUUGACGAAGAAGGGAAGAAAUACAAAAACCACGAUACCUGGAAAAUAUCUCCUUGCCUUAAAUGUAAUUGCACGGAAUCUCAGAUCCACUGUCAGAGGGACUUAAAAGUGUUCGUCGCAGGGUAUCGAAAUCGCAUCCUUUUGUCAAAAGAAACUUGCAGCCAGUCUUCUUGUAACGUCACCCGGUUUGUAAAGUUGAGAAAAGACGUAUGUGGAACCAACUGCCGCGACGAAGAAGGAUUAGGAUAUAAGUCAGACCAAGCUUGGUGGACGUCUCCAUGUCUUCAUUGUCAUUGCAAGGAGAAUCUAAUCUCAUGUCAAAGAAGAGUGAGAGUCGUCUUUCCAGGGCACAGGAACAGUUUCACUUGGCUAGAGGAGACUUGCCAUCAACCCGCUUGUAAUAUUCUCCAGUUCAUUCGAGAGAGGACAGAUAUUUGUGAAGGUGCGGAGAUGACUAGAGAUGGUGGAAUCUUAAUGAAACACCAGAGUUGGAAUUACAAAGGUUGCAAACUGUUUUUCAAUGGAACAGACCUUGAUGGUCGUGAAGUCUGUCCUCCCAUGGCCAGACCUGAGUGCUAUGUCUACAGUGGAACUAUCUGCUGUCCCUCUAAGUGUGCAGCCCUCCAAGAAAUAGCAAACAUGUUGAGAGGCCACUUAUCAGUAUGUNCUAAUGGUCAUCAGCUGGUUUCAGAUGGUCUUUGCCAGAAAAAGACUCCGGGCUGUUUGCGUGAUCCCAGUCGUAAUAGCUGUUCGUCGGAGGUCUCAUGUCAGGAUGAAAAGUCCAAUCAGUACUUCGAGGGGGUCACGUGGUCAGUGGGUAACUGCAUUCAGUGCUCCUGUAGAGCUGGCAAGAUCCACUGCAAACGAGAGAUCUCAGUGAUAAAUAGCUUGGAGGAAGAAUCUCUGACAGAAUAUUGUAUUCAAAAUGAGUGUGAUGUAUCCCGUUUUCUGGCCAAAAAUCGCGGCAAGUGUAAAGCUUGCAGAUGGAAUGGCACCAUCUAUUUUGAUGGCGAUAGCUGGAAGGAAAAAGAUAUCCAUUUCUUCUGUAGCACCUACUAUCAGACACUGAGGGCUGGUUGCUAUGUUGAACAACGCCGAGUGAAUUGUGUGCACACUUCAAAGUCAGACAUAGGAAACAUCACCUCGUUGUACGACGACCUUUUCUUAUGCAAAAGUGGAGAUGAAAUUCUGUCGAUGGAUAAUCGAUGCGAUGGUUAUGAUAAUGAAUGCUCUGAUGGAUCAGAUGAGGACGAUUGUGACCAAU